GCCGUGUGUCGCAUGCAUUGAAGUGGAGGUGACGAAAUUGAGUUUUUGACAGUGGUGCUGACUUCCACUUCAAAAUCUUGAGGAAACGGUUUUCAAGAUCUCGUACUCAGUGUCAAGAUGGCAGGAUUUGAUGGAGGUGAUGUGAGCCGUUCAUUGCGAGAUGCAAUAUGUGAUAGCCUGACAGCAAUUCUUUCCCCGCAGCAAGAUGUAAGGAACAUGGGCGAGGAACAACUCAAAGUUCUGGAGGUCACAGAGGAGUUUGGAGUUCACCUUGCUCAGCUGACCCUUGACCCAAAUGGAGCCUUAGCUAUCAGACAGCUUGCUUCUCUGAUCUUGAAGCAGUAUGUAGAAGCUCAUUGGAGUACACUCUCCGAGAAGUUUCGCCCACCUGUUACAACAGAUGAGGCCAAGGCCGAAAUCCGCAAAAUGCUCCCCAUGGGACUGCGAGAGUCCAUCAGCAAAGUGCGUUCUAGUAUAGCUUACGCUAUCUCAGCCAUCGCUUCGUCUGAUUGGCCAGAGGCUUGGCCUGAGCUGCUUCCAGAACUAAUGCACUUGAUAACAAGUGGUAACAAUGAUGCUGUGCAUGGAGCUAUGAGAGUGCUUACAGAAUUCACACGAGAUGUAUCAGACAUGCAGAUGCCACAUGUAGCUCCAGUUAUCCUUCCUGAGAUGUACCGCAUCUUUGUACAAGCCGAUGUAUACGGCAUACGCACUCGCAGCAGAGCUGUAGAAAUAUUUAACGAGUGUGCUAAUUUGAUUUACAAUAUCAUGAGUUUAGGUGACACUACGAAGAAUGCAGCCAAGAACCUAUUGUUUCCCAUCCUUCCUAAGUUUACGGAGGCAUUUAUGCAAGCCCUCCCUGUCCCAUACGGAGAGACAUCUGACUGUGGUCUGAAAAUGGAAGUCAUUAAGGCUCUGACUACACUCAUUAAGUUUUUCCCGAGUUACAUGAACAAGUGGAUGGGACAGAUUCUCCCCAGUAUAUGGACCACGCUCACAGAGUGUGCCAGUAUCUACGUAGCAACAUGUGUCAAUGACUCCGAAGAAAUUGACAACCCUGUGGACUCAGACGGAGAGGUGUUAGGUUUUGAAAACCUAAUCUUCAAGAUAUUUGAAUUCUUCACGGCGAUGAUAGAAACUUCCAAAUUCCGCAGCUUGGUGAAAAAGAACUGUGGUCAACUGAUGUAUUUACUGGUCAUGUACAUGGAGAUUACAGAAGAACAGGUGAAACAAUGGACUGACAAUCCUAACCAAUUUGUAGUAGAUGAAGAUGAUGAUUCUUAUUCAUUCAGUGUGCGCAUUGCUGCACAAGAACUUCUCUUGGCCCUGGCUGCUGAGUUUCAGCAAGAGAGUGCAGUAGGCAUUGUACAAGCCGUCCUCAAACAUCUACAUGAUACAGAGCAGAGUAUGAACACACCAGCUGGAGCUAACUGGUGGAAGAUCCAUGAGUCCUGUAUGUUAUCGUUAGGUUCCAUUCAGUCACUGAUCAUCGACAAGACAUCCAGUGGAAAACUGACUUUUGAUAUGAACUGGUUCCUAACCAAUAUUGUGCUUGGUGACCUCAACAAACCAGUUUCACCGUUUUUACUGGGACGAGCUCUGUGGGCAGCAAGUAGAUUUUCACUCGCCAUGACUCCAGAAUUAAUACAAAGGUUUUUAGUAUUCACGGUCAAGGGUUUGGAAGCAACACAACCGCCAGCCAUCAGGAUAUCAGCUGUUAGGGCCAUCUAUGGCUUCUCUGACCAUCUCAAGACUUCUGGAAACACUCAGAUCAUUGUUCCCUAUCUGCCAGAGAUAAUGGAGGGACUUAUCCAGCUAGCCACACAGUUCACUAACGAUAUCCUAUCCCUCGUACUAGAAACUAUUUCCAUUGUACUUACGAUAGACGACACUUUUACAGUCCAAUGUGAAAGCAAGGUAGCACCCCUUACAAUUGCUCUGUUUUUAAAAUAUAGUCAAGAUCCUGCCAUCACACCUCUUGUGGAAGAAAUUUUCAGUGAGCUUUGCCGUAGACAUGGUUGUCAGGAUUCAUUACAUGCCAGACUUCUGCCAACAUUAGUCAGCAUUCUGGUAGCGCCGGCAGAGAAAGUCCCCAUGGGGCUACAGUCAACGGCCUUGGAUAUUUUGUGUGUUAUCAUCCGGAAUAGCUCUGUACCGCUAUCUAAUGCACUCAUCAACAAUGCAUUCCAAGCUAUGGCUCACUGCACCUUGAAGACAGAUGAUAAUGCAACAAUGCAGAGUGGGGGAGAAUGCCUUCGUGCCUACGUUGCAGUGGCUUAUGAUCAAGUCGCUUCUUGGCAAGAUGCAGAAGGUCGUUCUGGCUUGCAGUAUGCCAUCGAUAUAGUCACUAGGCUUCUCAAUCCUUCAACCUCAGAGUUCACAGCAGCCUUCGUUGGUCGUCUUGUAGCUAUACUCAUCACCAAAGCAGGCAGUGCACUGGGGAAUAACUCAGAUAUGAUCCUACGAGGUGUGCUGAGUAAGAUGCAACAAGCAGACACCCAGAGUGUCACCCAGUCUCUUCUGAUGGUCUUUGCUCAUCUCAUGCACAGCUGCAUGGAAGACGUCCUAGAGUUUCUCAGUAAUGUGCCUGGGCCCACAGGCAAACCAGCCCUGGAGUUUGUCCUAACGGACUGGGUAACAAGGCAAAAUAUGUUCUAUGGAGCCUACGACAACAAAGUCAGUAUAACCGCCUUAAGUAAGCUCCUUCAACACAUGAUAAACAAACAAGACCAUCGACUGGAAGGUAUUAUCGUCAAGGGAGAUCAGAUCUUCAAUAUGGAUGAGGGGAUUCGAACCAGGUCCAAAGCUGCUCAAGCUCCAGAACAAUGGACAAGCAUUCCACUGCAAGUCAAGAUUUACAAGUUGUUGCUGGGUGAGUUAUUGAAUGUCAUGGAGAACAACGUGUCACAGCAAGCAUCGGCUGGUGGGGAAGAUCUAGAGGAUGAUGGCUGGGAGGAUGCUGAAGAUGAAGAUGAGUAUAAUGAAGAAGAAGAUGGCGAUGAAGGAAUACCGAGUGAACAUGGGUUGCUGGCUCAGCUGUCUGAUUACUCAUCGGGACUGAUUUAUCCUGGGUUGCAUGAUCUCGCUGGGGAUGAGGUUGAUGAGGAAGAGGACGAUCCUGAUGCCCUCAAUGAUCCUAUCUACCAGCUCGAUUUACAGGCUUACCUGACUGAUUUUAUGCAACAGUUAUCCCAUCAGCCAUGCCAUUCUUUCUUUACACCCCACCUCAACUUCAGCGAAAGGCAGUUAUUAUCAAACAUUGGUGUAACCGUCUGAACCGGAUGAGAGGUUGUCACCAACAGUGAUAUUUUUCUUGCAACUAAAAAGUGAAGUUUGUCUUCAAAACGAGCGUUAACUUCAGACACUUAACGGUUGAUUCUUGAUGAGCGGCAUGCACAAUUAGUCUAUUCGCUUGUUGCUUGGCUACAAAUAUAAUGUCUCACAAGAUAAUCUGCGAGUGGAGUUCAGGUCAUUGUUUGCCAGUGUCAUUAUUUUUGAUUUUAGAGUGGUAAAACUGAUCUGAGAUCAGAUUUGCUGUAGCUAUUUUUCAUCCUUGACUUUUUGUCAAAAAGACCAUUGCAACUGAAAAAUGUCAUUGGGUCUUUGUUGGCAAUGUCAGUACAAGCUCAGCAGUGAGUUUGUUUUAAAAAAUCUCCAUGGUUUCAUAAAUUUAUUAUUGUUUCUGUUGUUUCUACCAUAUUGUUCACAUGUUCUUCCACGGUUUUUUAGAAGAUAACAUUAGUUCUUGGAUAACAGUUUACACUUGCAAAACUGAACAGAAUGACUUGAUUGUACAGUGUUGAGUCCUGGAAGGUGAGAAAGAUGGAUUUAUAUUCUAAGAACGUCAGUUGGAUGUUAAGGCAUUGUUGCUUCACCAAGUAUACAAUUAUAUGAUUAUAUUGGUAUGAUAAUAUUAAAGUUUUAUUUAAAGUUGCUCUCUGUGCUUUGGGCAUCAAAAGAGAUAGUCUGUGGUGCCAAAAAAAGAAAAAAAACGGGGAAACAUACAACGAAACUUGAGUGCAUUGGUUCACUGUAAAUUUUGUACAUUUGCCAAAUAGGAAUUGGAAACAUAAUUUGCCUUCGUAGUCAAGGGAUUUAUUCUAUUGUACAGUAAUGUUCUGAAAGGUGUCUUUUCCAUUGCAGUCUUCAAAUUUGGCAUCUGUUUUGAAGGUAUUAUUUACACAUAGCAGCACUGUUUUCAAAAUUCUGAAUUUUGAGAGUUUGCUGUGUGCAUUACAAGCAGCGUAUUAAAAGGACUACUUACAGGAACAAGAACACAAAGUUCUUCGAGAUUAUUGGAGACUAUCCUCCAAAAGUUACACUACAAAGUUUUCAGUUUUAGGUAGGAUGAUGAGUUGGGCAGAGUUUGUGCUCAGGUGGACAUCAUUCCUGAUUUCAGAUAAUGUAUCCGUGUGAUAUGAAUAUCAUUCUUUAGUGAAAUGCUCAUCCUUUUGACAGCAGCUAUGUACAAGUAAAGAAAAUGUAACUCUUGAAAAUGGGGAACACCUUAAUUGAUACAAGUAGUUCAACUUUUUAAUCAAUCCUCUUAUUUUUGAAUGUCUGAACGGUUUGUGGAUUCCAGGAGUGUCUUGCAAAAAGGCAGCCAAACUGCUAACGUAUACAGUGAAAGCUUGAUACUUGCUGUUAAUCUUGAAAUACUAACAGCUUUUCAAAGAUGAACUUUUGUGGACGCCUGUAUUCAGAUGCGGAAAUUGUAAUGUGGAUGUUUUGGUGAAAUCUCUUUCUUGUCCUUGUAUUGAAGGUGAAUAUCUUUGGCAAAACAAUGAAGGUGCAUUCACUGUAAGGCCAGGAAUACUCAUUAACAAAGCUACAAUUGUAACAAAAAGUUAUUUUCGUUGUAUCUUUGGCAGACUUCACUUUUAUUCGGUAUUACUGAAGAAACGCAGCUGCUGUGUUGUGUGUGCAUUCUAUAUGUACAAAUGACUAGACCUCUACUAGAUUUCCCGAAUUAAUAGUGACAUUUUUGAUACCAUUCAAAAAACGUGCUGUUAAAUUUUCAUCGCUUGUUUUUGCUUAAUACUGGAAAAAGCUGAUAUGGGAAUUAUCUCUUGAGCAUGUGUAUACAGGAUUUCUGGGUUUUUAAGUAAAAUAUUCUUCAAGAAUGUCGGUAAUACUGACUGGAUUCAUCUUCAUCAGGUUCUGGCAGAAAUGCCACAAGAGGGUAUACAGACACACAUUUCCUUUCUAUGUCUAAAUCAGCUAGGAACCAGCUACACACAGUGUACAUCAUAUUGCAUGUUGGUUGGUAACCUCCAGUUGCUAAGCAACAAUUUCCUGUGGGUUUCAUACCAACCUCAUUACAUUGGUCUGGGUGAGACUGUUAAAUUCUGGAAUGUAAAAAUAUCCAUAAAGUUCCCUUAAAGGGUUGUAAAUAAACUGAUUUUCAUGUCUGGCCUUAAACAGUUGCUCUAAUACAAUUCCAAGUGACUCAAAAAGUUACUGAAGCCUUACGAUUCUAAAUAAAUGCAUUGAAUGACUACAUUUAGAAGAACUUUCUUGUUUUUAGAAAAAGAACUCCUUAGGGAACUUGACUUUAGCAAGCUGGUUGCACUCUGAUUGAAUAACAGGGUCUUUAUAAACAGUCAAUAUUUUCCAUGGACAGCAGCUACAGUGUACUUUUCUGCUGACCUUUCCUUCAUUUACAUGUAUUUUGAUGUGCCAAGAUUUCCCUUGUGUAAACUCCCAUAUUAUGUAGCUUCACACAUUGUUUCAUCACAAAAACCUUUUGUCACUAUUCAAUGCCAGCUUCAUGAAGUGUACAUGUGCCUCUAAAAUGUGAAUAGCGUGUGUAUUGACACCUUUUUGUACAUGUACAAAAUGCAAACUGAUAACCCUGAAUGUGAUUAUUUGUACUUCAUAAAUGUUUACUGCAAUUACUGGUCGACUGAACUCAGAAAUCUGCAUAAAACAAUGGAUAAGCAAUCAUCUUCAUAAUGCUAUAGAUGUGUCGGGAUGUGGCACCGACUGACCAUCAAGUAAUAAAAUCCAAGCAAUUAAAAACAAUUAUUUUAACUGAUCUUGUACUUUUUGUUUGUUGUGGGGCCUUUCAAAGACUUUAAGAAAUAAUGGAACUACAAAUUUAUGAAAAACUGAACUUUAAAAAGUUUAUUGCAAACUUCAAGAACUUACAAGUUAUGAAACAUGGAAACUGCAUGUACUAUAUAUACAUGUUGGACAUGAACUUAUGUCGGGUUUUAAAUAAACACAAUGACAGGUUUUCAUAAGAUUUUACAAUAGAAGGAACAUGAAAUAUCACAAAUGCCUUUAAGCACAGCAAAUGGCACUGUUGCACUAACAUUUGCAUUUACAGUAGAAGACGCUUUCAUAUAAAAACCAAAUCUCCUGAAUACAAAUAUUAUAACAUAAUUUGAUAACUUUGGCUGAUAAUGAUUUUACAAGAUUUAUUAUUUAUUUUAGGUUCAAAGAUUUUAACAAAUGACAGUAGUUGUAUCAAUGGGACAGCUGGCAAUAUGGGAAUUCAGGGCCAUCUGAAUUAACAUUUCUCUGAAGUCUCCAACACGAAUCCACACCACAGCAAUUUCUGCUUGGAUCUGAUUUCUACAUCAAUUUUUAAUGACAUAGCUCGGAAUGUAAGGUUCUGUCAUCUCUAAGGAUACAAUGAAAUGAAUUUGUAAUUAAUGUUUGUUACACAAGGGACUACCAAGCAGCCUUCACAAAGGAUAAAAGCCAUGUAUAGUUCAAGGUAAGGAAGACUAUUGCCAAACUGUACCAGUGCUCAGGAAUGAUUAAAGUGGCCCAGAAUGUCUUUAACAACACAUAAGAUUUCUAGUCAAGUUUCCCAUUUCAGUUAUGCAGUCUGUGAAGUGAACAGUGACACAAAUAUCCAUGUGUCUUAGCCUGUACAUCCUGGUACUUGUGAUCACAUUUAUGAAAUAACUUCUGACUUGACAUGCAGCUGCUUCAGUGUGACUAUGAAAACUAUACAAUUACACAUGACAGCUAACUUGACUCAGAGUAUUCCAGACCUCGAGAUUUCACAGUUUUACCCCACUGAUCUCCAGGCAAACAUGUCAAAGUUUCAAAUGAACAAAAUGAAGUAAUUUACACCAAAAUGUUCAUGACAUUUUGCAGGUUAACUAACUGCUGGGGUUAAAGGUUACAGACAUUAUCCCAUUCAUCUCUAAGCAAACAUGUCAAAAGUUUCUAAUAAACAAAAUGGAGUAAUUUACACCAAGAAUUCAAGACACUUUUCAUGUUGACUAACCACUGGGGUUAAAGUUUAAAACUCCCAGAUAGAUAUAACUGGUAUGUAAUAUUACAGGUGCUGAAUGAUUGCAGAGGGAAAAACAUCAUCUUUGAUUCCCAACUAUGCUUUAAAAAAAUCACGUAUCAAAGAGAUACAAAUUACAUUUUUGCAAAACCAGCUGGCAACAUUAAACCAACAUCCAACUACACAAGAAGAUAACAAACAUCAAUAAAAUAUAUACAAACACCAUCUAUACAAAACACCAUGUUUGAAAAUGCGUCACCUAAAACCUUGGAACUUCUGUACACAAACAAUAACCUCUAAGUACGUAUUAAUGACAAAACAUAAAUGGUAACAAGUCCUCAAAAAUAAACUUGCCAAACAAGUUACAUCAGGUCAUAUUUUACACAACCAGUAAGAGCCUAACUAUGCACUGAACAGACUAGCGGUGCAGACAAGGGUUACCAAGCAAAAUAUAAAUAUCUACUCCGACUUUGUGGUAGUCAGUUGAUUUCAAACUGAAUAAAUUUGCUAAAAUGCAUCUCUUGAUCUAGCAGCUUUAUGAAGAUGCCCAGAUUGACAUAUUCAGCAAAUUAUAAUUAGAAGACACAGGAGCACAGUAAACAAACAUGCCUGAUGCUCCCCCCCCCCAUCUCCUAUUACUGAUCUUCCAAUAUCAUCCCAUGAGAGAAAACUCUCCAUAUCUCCCCUUAUUCAACAAGAAAAAUGUGGACACAUGUAAGUCACUUUU